CCUUGGAACAACAAAUUAAUUAUUAUUAUUUUUUGUUAAAUUUCUCUAUCUAAUGGCUGUUCAUCGUUCAUUAGUUGUUUUUGCAAUUGUAGCUGUCAUUGCUCCAGCAAUCUCAUUUGCUAUGGAGUUCAUAGUUGGUGAUAAUGACGGAUGGAAAGAGGGAGUUAACUACCAAGAUUGGGCUAAAGGCAAGCAGUUCAUUGUUGGAGACACUCUAGUUUUCAAAUACAAGGCUGGAGCUCACAAUGUGUACAAAGUAAAUGGAACCGACUUCCAAAACUGCAAUGUUCCAUCAAACCAUAGCUUGGGCUCGUUCAGUGGAAAUGACACGAUUAAGUUGGCAGCCGCAGGAAAUAAAUGGUACAUUUGUGGAGUAAGCGGCCAUUGCGUAGCAGGGCAGAAGCUUAACAUAACAGUGCUAGCUUCUGCUCCAGCUUCUAGCACUGCUCCAGCUUCUAGCGCUGCUCCAACUUUAUUGGCCAAAGAGGGCAUUUCCCAGAUCUUUUUAGGGAUAACUUUCGCUAUUGUCGCUAUGGUCAUGGUCAAUUAA